CCACUCCACUUCACUCCUAACAAAACCAAUGAAACCCCAAGCAAACUUUCAAAACCUCAAAAAAUCAAAUCAAAAUGCAAACAUCUUCCAUCUUUAACUCUCUCUCCUUUCUGCUUCUUCUUCUUCGGUUCUUUUCAGCUUUGGCCAUCACUUCCCCACAAGACAUCUCAGCUUUGAAAGCCUUCAAGACCGCCAUCAAGCCAACUUCAAUCCCUCCAUGGUCCUGCUUAGCCUCCUGGGACUUCUCCACGGAUCCAUGUGCUCUCCCCCGCCGCACCCACUUCAUUUGCGGCAUCACCUGCUCUCCCGAUUCCACUCGUGUCACCCAACUCACUCUCGAUCCCGCCAGCUACUCUGGCCAACUCACCCCGCUUAUUUCUCAGCUCACUCAACUCCUUAUUCUUGACCUCGCUGACAACAAUCUCUACGGUCCAAUUCCAUCUUCAAUCUCCUCUCUUUCCAAUCUUCAGACCUUAACUCUCCGAUCCAACUCCUUCUCCGGUUCCGUUCCUGAUUCCAUAACCAAGCUCAAAACGCUUGACGCUUUAGAUCUUUCACAUAAUUCUCUAUCCGGGUUUCUCCCGAAAGGAACAUAUUUGAUGUCGAGUUUGAGAAGACUCGAUCUGAGUUACAACAAACUCACUGGUUCAUUGCCAAAACUACCUUUCAAUCUUCUGGAACUUGCUCUGAAGAACAAUUCUUUAUCCGGGGUUAUCUCAAAAUCAUCCUUUGACGGUUUGUCUUUACUCGAAGUAGUUGAACUUAGUGAAAAUUCAUUCACCGGGACACUUCAAUCUUGGUUCUUCCUUCUACCAUCUAUUCAACAGGUGAACUUGGCGAAUAACAACUUGACAGGCUUGGAGAUCUCGAAGCCUUUGAAAGGUAGCAGCGACUUAGUGGCGAUUGAUCUCGGGUUCAACAAAAUCGAAGGGUACUUGCCUGUAAAUUUGGCCGAUUAUCCGCUUUUGUCGUCUCUGUCAAUGCGAUACAACCGCUUACGCGGCAGCAUCCCAAUGCAAUACAGUCAAAAGAAGUCCCUGAGGAGACUGUUCCUGGAUGGGAAUUUCUUGAUCGGAAAACCGCCAACAGGGUUCUUCUCCGGUGAGAUGGAAAUAUCCGGUAGCUUGGGGGAUAAUUGUCUCCAGGGAUGUCCAGGUUCUUCUCAGCUGUGUAAUCCUUCUCAGAAAUCUUACUCUCUGUGUAAACAAGCUUAUGGUGGAAAACUGAGGCCUUAGAGUCAGAAUCUCAGUUAACAUUAAUUCUUGUGUUCCUAAAAAAAAAAGGAAAAAUAAUUUGUAAAGAAAGUUUUAUCAUAAGAAAAUGAGACACAGGAAGUUGUAAAAUUAUGUAUAAUUCGAUUAAGAGUGAUUAAAUUAGUCGUUUGAUGAUGCGAUUCCUUCAA